UGGUACUAUUAUAUAAAUAACAACAUAACCAAUAAUAAUAAUUGACAAUUAAAAAACCAACAUAUUUAUAUUGACUUUAAUAUUGAGUUGUUUUGUUGUUAUUAAUCAAUUAUGCAAAACGAGGAGAACAUCAACAAUUCAAAAUCAUUUAACGACUCAGGACAACUAACAUGUAAGUUUGUAAUGAAACGAAAAAAAUUUCAAAAGAACACUCGAAGAAGAAACGACUCGAGUAGCGAAAAUGAAGAAGGAGCCUCUGAACCUUCUGUUGUUCGUCCUACUAAAAUUACAAAAAGAAUUAAUCCUAAUGUUCAGAGUACUAGUGGCAUUGAAAAUAAACGAAAACUACAAAUUACUGAGGAUAACUCAUCAGAGUCUGAUAAAGAAGAAACUGUUUUGCAUUCCUUCAAGUCAAACAAAUCGGCACAGGCAUCCGGUUCUUCUGAUCAGAUGGCAACCGCUACCUUGGAAAUUGAAACAGAAACAGACAAAGAUGCUCAAGCUAUUUUUGAAAGAAGGCUUGAAAUAAAUAAACAAUUGGAAGGUAAAGAAGAUGAUAAAAUAUAUAGAGGAAUCAAUAAUUAUGCUCAGUAUGUCAAACCUAAGGAUACUUCUGCUGGAAAUGCAAGUUCAGGAAUGGUGAGAAGAGGUCCAAUGAGAGCACCUGCUAAUUUGAGAGCCACUGUCCGAUGGGAUUAUCAACCAGAUAUCUGUAAAGAUUAUAAGGAAACAGGAUUUUGUGGUUUUGGCGACAGUUGUAAGUUUCUUCAUGAUAGAAGUGAUUACAAGCAUGGUUGGCAAUUGGAAAGAGAAUGGGCUGAAGGCCACUAUGGUCAUGAUGAUGAAGAUCCUAAAAAAUAUGAAAUCAAUUCAGAUGAAGAAGAUUUACCAUUCAAAUGUUUACUAUGUAGGAAAAGUUUCGUAGAACCUGUUGUCACCAAGUGCAAGCAUUACUUUUGUGAAAAAUGUGCAUUAACAAGGUUUAAAAAAACUUCAAGAUGUUUUGCUUGCAAUGCACAAACAAGUGGCAUAUUCAAUCCAGCAAGAAAUUUGAUAGAGAAAUUGAAAAAGUUGGAUGAAGAAGAGAUGCCGAAUGUGAAGGAAGAAUCAGAUUCUGAUUGAUUUUAUGUAUACAAAAUAUUAAAAUAUUAGAAGUUUGAA